AUGUCAUCGCAGGACUGGAAAUGCGAGAGAACUACGCGGGCGGGCGUCGAGCACAGGGCGCGCCCGCAGAAGGGCCGCAGAGGCCCAAUCACCAGCAACGCGGUCCGCCAGCUGAUCGACGCGACUCCGCAGGCCCCCAAGGAGAACGCGGAUAAGCAAAACAAUGUCCUGCGCCCGCCCACGACGCCUGCGCAGAUGGAGGCCUACAAGAAGGACAUGGCGCAGAGGGCCGAUAUCCUUGCCACCAUGGUCCUUGCUACGAGGAGGAGUGGCAGCGAGGACGAGGACACCUUAGAGGAGUUGGCCACGGUCAAGUACAGCAUCGCCUCCAUGCAGCCUGCGGCCACCCGUGCGGCCCAGCUUCGGAUCGAGCUCGAGGAAAGCAAGCCAGAUAUCGAGAGGAUCGAGACCAAGAUAGAGCAGCUGAGCGCCCAGAGGGAUGUGCAGAUCACGCGCCAGGACCAGAUAAACACCACCCUCCAGAAACUGGACAAGGACGCCCAGGAGGAGGCCGCGGCGAGGGCAGCCGAGGCAGUGGCCGCGGGGGUCGCGCCGCCCCAGAUGGCACCGGUGCUCCAUGGGAGCCAGCCGCCGCCUCAAGGGCAGGAGCAUGCGAAUUUUCCCGCGUUCCAGCAGCACAUGAGCACCGCGGUGAUGCAGCAGAUGAUGGCGUGUAUGAUCCAGCAGGGGUACCAGGGAGUGGCCGAGGGAGGUGGCAAGGGCUCCGAGCAGAUGUCUUGGCUCACGUCCGUCGCAGAGGAUGCCAAGAGCUACGACCUCGGCGGAGCCAACAUGAACUACACGAAGACAGGUGGGAUCGUGGUCGUGGUGGCAAUGCCGGGGCCGCUACUGCAGAUCCGCCUCUCCCUGUCCGUGGGCCAUUGCCCCGCCAG